AUGUAUGGUCAGGGUAAUUUUUCUCCUCAGUUUGGGCAGGGUUCCCAUACACCCAUGCCUCCAUUCCAGCAGCGCCCUGUGGUUCCUCCACCUCCUCCUUUCCAAAAGGGCCAUCCAACCUUACAACAUUCUACAAUACAACAAGGUCCUCCAUCUAUUCCACCUUGUGCAGGUUAUUCUGGCUCCUUCGUAUAUCGGCAUGCCCCACCUCCCACAGUUCAGCAAGGUCAGCCUGUUCAUGGCCCAACAAGUGAAAUGUUGAAUGCAGGUCAAUCCUACUUGCCGCCACCCCCUCCCCCACAACCUCCACCACCCACCCCCACCCCAACAAAUCUAUGGAAAAACCUCUAUGACACAUUCCUAUCCAAUUGCUCAGCAGAACUCCCAAUGGACCCAAAAUAUGCAUCAUGUUCCGCCACCUGUCCCUCCUCCUCUUGUUCCACGUCCCACAGGUCCAAGUCCCCCAGAAAUGUUCCUGCCGUCAAUAUCUCCUAG